ACCUUUCCCUGGCACCGUGCACGCAGAGUCUUCAAAAUAAAUCGAGUCGGCACUGCGAACGUGUUUUUCGUCGGCCGCGGGCAAAAAGCAAAGAAACGGGUCUUUGAUAUCAAUUCGUUAGCACUGUGUUUAACCUUCCACACAAAUCCACCUCCGAAACGUUCAGUGCUUAUUCAUGGUGGCAUAUAGUGCCGAGCGAGUGAACAUUUUCCAUUACAAUCCGGAGUGAAAACGCAUUUCAUAACAACUGCUGCACCGCAGAAGAACAGAGUUCGAGCACAGGCGAGGCACGGGAUAGGAGCAGUGAAAACAGCGGAGAACGGUGCUAGCUGUGCAUCAUUACUAGCAUCGCCUUCAACAUGACGAAAUUCAUGGUUGCCAGGCGUUGCCUGGAGGUGGCCACCGAUACGCUCGGUUCGACAGCCAGCACUCUUACGCGUCCCCGGUACAGUGUGUCAUCUUCCUGGCUGAAUCAUCUGUACCUGCUUCGCUUACGGCCGGAAACGUCCCGUGUGGGGGCACGCAGCUACACGUCCCAGGCCGACAACCGUAAGCCGGCGACCAAAGACUUUGACGAUGGCGAUCGUCCACCGCUCGAUCCGGAAGCGGUACAUGCGGAUCUGCUCCGCCGGUUGACCAAGCUGUACGACCAGGAGGUGUCCCGACAGUUGAUUGUGCCACCGUUUAAGCGGGCGUUGCUGUACGGCGAGAAGGCAGCCAUCCGUGACCAGGCAGGAGAUUUUAGCUUCAUCCAGCUAUACGAAGCCGUUAAACGACUCGCAGCUCAGAUAUCGAAAUGUUGCGGUAGUGCUUCCCAGUCCCGUGUGGCAUUCCUUUGCCCCAACAAUAUUACUUACGUGAUCAGCCAGUGGGCAUGCUGGUUUUCGGGACAAGUCGCCGUCCCCUUGAACGCAAAAUAUCCGGCCGAUCUGCUCGAGUACUACAUCAAAGAUUCGGAUGCAGCACUGCUGCUAACGACGCCGGAGUUUCUUCCGCUAGCAGAACCGUUGGCCGCCAAGCUACAGAAACCAUUGCUGGUGGUCAAUCACGAGCUGCUCAAUGCGAACGGUCAAUCCAGCGCCGACACACAGGCCGAUGUUUCGUACCUGGAUCCGCGCAGAGAAAAUCUGCUCCAGCUGAACGAUACGCUCGUGGUGGAAAGUGCCCUGAACGGGGAGUUCUAUCGCGAUGCCGAUGCGUUGAUCCUGUACACUUCCGGCACGACGGGCAAACCGAAGGGCGUCGUGCUUAGCUACGCCAAUCUCGACGCACAGCUGCGUGCCCUGUCCCAUGCGUGGCAGGUAAGCGCGAGCGAUUCCGUGCUGCACACGCUUCCACUGAAUCACGUGCACGGUACGAUCAAUGCACUCAACCUGCCGCUGGCUGUUGGCGCGAAGUGUGUGAUGCUACCGAAGUUCGACAGUAGCAGCGUGUGGAGCUAUCUGCUGAACGUGAACAUGACCACCAAGGAGCGGGUGAACGUGUUCAUGGGCGUACCGACGAUGUACGGGCUGCUGAUCCGCGAGUACGACAGUGUGUUUGGCAAGAAUGCUCGGAUGUGUGACUACGUGAAGACACACUGCAAGAAUAAGAUUCGGCUGAUGAUUUCCGGUUCGGCGCCACUGCCCGGCAACAUUUUUGACCGCUGGAACGAAAUAACCGGACACCGGUUGCUGGAGCGCUACGGCAUGACGGAAAUCGGUAUGGCCAUUUCGAACCCAUACCUGCAGGAUGGUGAAUGGAGAAGCAGAAGGCAGGGAUGCGUCGGCAUGCCAUUACCGGGGGUUAGUGUGCGCAUUGUAGAACCGGAAACUGGCCGGCAGCUUACGCUGGAAGGUCGCGAAAAUGAAGGCAUUUGGCAGACGGCGGCAGCAUCCACGCCAGCAGGGUCCACUGUCCCCGAGGAUUCCAUUGCCGGGGCACUGUACGUGAAGGGACGGUCGGUGUUUCGUAGCUACUGGCAGAAACCACAGGAAACGGCAUCCGAGUUCGAUGCGGAAGGUUGGUUCCGGACGGGUGAUACGGCACGGUACGAGCACGGCACGAUACGCAUCCUUGGCCGCACCUCGGUAGACAUUAUCAAAUCCGGUGGCUUCAAGCUGUCGGCGCUCGAGAUUGAAACGGCCCUGCACGAACAUCCGGACACGAGCGAUGUGGCGGUGCUGGGUUUGCCGGACGAGACCUGGGGCCAGCGGGUGGUGGCCGUGAUCAGUUUGCGCGACCAGCAGACGGCCGACGCGUUCAGCAUUCCGAAGCUGCUCGUGUGGCUGGAACAGAAGCUUCCGAAGCAAGCCAUUCCGAAGGAGGUGCGAAUAGUGGAGGAAAUACCGCGCAAUGCCAUGGGCAAGAUCAACAAGCGGGAACUGGUGGAGCAGCUGUACGGUGCGACACCGAGCCCCAGCACAGAGCCACAGAACGUUGACAAGCCCUAAAGUGGGUCCAGGAUGUGGUGUAGCCCGUUAUCGAAAGGGGAUCGCGCAAACAUACAGAAACGUAUUUAAACACACGCACACACGCACACACAUACUUAUACCGGAACCGGCUGCAUCAUCGCGUGAACGAGGAAGUAAGGCAAAAGGCGGGGAAGGAUCACGGUGAUUAAUAUCGCGCCUAGUCACACACACACACACAGUACAGAUAGUGUAUCUUUUCCGCUUUUCCUGCUUUCCGUCGUCGGAAACCGGGUGUGUGUGUGUGUGUAUGUGUGCAGUUAAGCACACUAUUGUCUCAACAGCAUAUGCAUUGUAUUGAAUUUUUGUGUUUUUUUUGUUGUUGUCUCGGGAGCGCCCUCAGACUGGAGGCGGUUUAUGCUAGUGUGGCUGCGGAAUGGACUCUGCGGAACCGAGCGGGUGUGAACCGCGAAAACGAACGAAACGUAUUUGAAAAUUAAGGUUUUUGACAACAAGGUUCCAAAUUUGUUGACGAAUUAUAAUGCCCAAGCGUUAAUGGUGUA